AUGCUGCUGUCGCCAGCGUCUACGCCCGGACGCGCCUGUGCCCCGGGGCCCGCAGCGCCGCCACCCCGCCCCUCGCCGUCGUCGCCGUCGCCGCCGCGCUCCUGCGACACGUUUGUGGUGCUGCUGCCCGCCACGGCCGACGGCAGCGUGGUGUUUGGAAAGAACAGCGAUCGGGAGCGCGAGGAGGUGCAAGAGGUGGUGGCUUACGCCGGCGGCGAGCACCCGGCGGGGUCGGUGGUGCGGUGCACCUACAUCGCCAUCCCGCAGGCGCCCCGCACCCUUGCCGUGGUGCUGAGCAAGCCGAGCUGGAUGUGGGGCGCUGAGAUGGGGGCCAACGAGGCAAGCAGGGCGGGGGUGGUGUGCGGCAACGAGGCGGUGUGGACCGUGGAGGACUCUGACGGUCCUGCCGCGCUGCUGGGCAUGGACCUCGUGCGGCUGGGGCUGGAGCGGGGCGGGAGCGCGGCAGCGGCGGUGGAGGUCAUGACUGGGCUGCUGGAGGAGCAUGGGCAGGGGGGCGCCUGCGAGGAGGGAGGUGGCUGGACCUACCACAACUCCUUCCUAGUGGCGGACGCCUACGAGGCCUGGGUGCUGGAGACGGCGGGCAGGUGGUGGGCCGCGCAGCGCUGCUGCUGCGCUGUCUUCUGCUCCCAUGCAGGCGUGCGCAACAUCAGCAACUGCCUGUCGAUCAGGACCGCCUUCGACCGCUGCUCCCGCGGGCUGCAGGAGCACGCGCGGCGCAGCGCGCGGUGGGACGGGCGGGGCCAGUUUGACUUUGCGGCGGCGUUUUCGGACGGCGGCGCGCCGCCGCUGGGCACGCUGAGCCCGGGACGGGAGGCGGAGGGGCACAGGCUGCUGCAGGCUGCGGCUGGGCAGCUGUGCCCCGCCGCCAUGAUGCGUAUCCUGCGGGACGAAGGCAGCGGCAUCUGUAUGUGUGAUGGCGGCUUCAGGAGCAAUGGCUCGCAGGUGCGGGCUGGGCGGGCCGGCGCGGGCGGGCCGCCUGCCGCGCAGCACUGGUUCACGGCCACCCCAGACCCACGGCGCGGCGUGUUCAAGCCCUUUGCCUUCCCCGGCAGUAACAGCAGCGGCAGCGGCGAUGGAGGCAGUAAUGGCACGCUGCCGGUGCAGGCCAGCCCUUACACCGCGGCGCAGCCCGCGCGGCGCAACCCGCCGCACGCGCUCUGGAAAGCGUGGCGGUCGGUGCACGAGUCGCGGGGCGGCGGCAAGCCGGCGGCGGCGGCUCUGAGGGAUCUGGAGGCUCGGGGGCUGGACCCGGGCAGCAGCCUCACCUUUGCUGCUGCGGUGGAGGAAGAGAUGCGGCUGUAUGGCUCGGCGGUGUGA